AUGUAUCUAUCUUUAAAAUUUACACAAGAAAAGGAAAUUGAUACUUCUCUUUCCUUUUUUGAAGUUUUGAAAAAUUUUUUUUCUUCCUUCUUUUUAAUUACCUCUUAUUCUUCUUCUAAACUUCUUCCAUCCUUCUUCUUAAAUUCUUCCAUCCCAGUCACAAGAAAAUGUAAAAACAAAUUCCUUCACAUCAAUUCUUCUUCUUCUUCUUCUUCCUUCUUCUUCUUCUUCUUCUUCUUCUUCUUCUUCUUCACCUCUACCAUCAAAGAUUAUAUAUUCAUUCUUCAAUAUCUUCUCUUUUCUUUUUUCUUUCUCAAUCUUCUUCUUCUUCUUCCUCUAUUUCUUCUUAAAAAGUUCUUCUUCUGGACAAUAUCUUCUUCUAUUUCUAACACUUCUUCCAUCUUCCUUCUUCACCUCUUCUUCUUCUUCUAUCUUCUUCUUCUUUCACUCUUUCUUCUUCUAACAAUUUCCUUCUUCUUCAAUUUUUUCUCUUCCUUCUCAGAUCUUCUCUUUCUUCUUCUUCCUUCUUCUGAAAAAUAUUCCUUCUUCUUCUUCACCUCUUCCAUCUUCUUCUUCUUCUUCACCUCUUCCAUCUUCUUCUUCUUCCAUCUUCUUCUUCAUCUUCUUCUUUUUCUCUCUUCCUUCUUUUCUUUUCUUCAACUCUUCCAUUUUCUUUCUUCUUCUUCUUCCUCUUCUUCUUCUUUUCUUCUUCACCUCUUCCAUCUUCUUCUUCUUCUUCUUUCUUCUUCUUCCUUCUUCUUCUUCACUUCUUCUUCUUCUUCUCUUCUCGAGACGUCUUCAUCUUCUUCUUCUUCUUCACCUCUUCUUUUCUUCUUCACGGCGAAAAACUCUUCUUCUUCUUCACCUCUUCCUUCUUCUUCCUUCUUCUUCUUCUUCUUCUGCUUCUUCUUCACCUCGCCCAUCUCUUCUUCAUCUCUAGACAUCUUCUUCUUCUUCCUCUUCCAUCUUCUUCUUCUUCUUCUCUUCCAUCUUCUUCUUCACCUCUUCUUCUUCUUCUUCAUCUUCUUCCUUCUAAUUUCUUCUUCUUCUUCGGACGGACCUCUUCCCGAUUUUCUUCUUCACCUCUUCCAUCUUCUUCUUCACCUAAAUGAUCUUCUUCUUCUCUCUGUCUUCUUCUUCUUCACACACACACUUCUUCCAUCUUCUUCAACCCCCUUCAUCUUCUUCUUUUCGUCUCUUUCUUCUUCUUCCUCUUCCUUCUUCUUUUUGCCUCUAAACUAUUUGUUUAUUUCUUUUUAUUUUUUUUUUAUUCAGGUCCUUUCCAUCUUCUUAAACUGGUUAAUAUCUUCUAGUUCUUCAUUCUUUUCUUUUCCAAUGUAA